ACGGCGGCCCGCCCUUUGGUCCGAAAAAAGCCGAAAGAGUGAGAAAGGUGUUUGAAAAGGCAUUAGCUUCGCUCACCAGGCCUCAAGCUAAAGCCAACCCCGCAUACCAAACCACGCCCACAAGACUACUCCUCACAUUUUUACUCACCACCACCACCUUCUCCACUCAUAUAUAUUCCACCUCCCAAAUCCCAAUCCAACCAAAACAAACUUUAACACAUACCAAACUUGUAACUCCUAUCUGUUGUGUAGUUCUGUUCGUCUAAUCCUUUGUUAUCGUCAUUAAAUGGAUUGGACUAGGGGCCGAACCAUCGGCCUCGGCUCCUCCGCCACGGUCUCCAUUGCCAAGUCACAUGUCUCCGGCGAGGUUUUCGCAGUCAAGUCAGCCAAGCUCGCACAAUCCCAAUUCCUCCAAAAGGAGCGAGCAAUUUUGUCUACGUUGAGCUCUCCCCAUAUUGUACAUUACAAAGGCCACAACAUCUCAACUGAGAACGGCGACGUUUUGUACAAUUUAUUUUUAGAAUACGCGCCUGGUGGCACAAUCUCCGACGCAAUCCGACGGCAGGGCGGGUGCCUGGACGAGGCCGCGAUCAGCUGCUACGCGAAGCAGAUUCUGCUCGGACUGCAACACCUCCACUCCAAUCAAAUCGCUCACUGCGACGUCAAGUGUCGGAACAUUCUGGUCGCGGAAAAUGGCGCCAACGUGAAGCUCGCCGACUUGGGUUGUGCUCGCCUCGUGAAUUUUGAUUGUGAUUCGCCGAUUGGUGGGACCCCGCUGUACAUGGCGCCGGAGGUGGCGCGCGGGGAGGAACAGGGGAUAGCCGCCGACGUGUGGGCUCUGGGAUGCACAAUAAUCGAGAUGGCCACCGGGCGGGCGCCGUGGAACGACGUUUGCGACCCGGUAUCGGCGCUGUACCGAAUCGGGUUUUCCGGCGAUGCGCCGGAGAUACCAAGCUCUCUCUCGCAGCAAGGCAGGGACUUUGUCGCCAAGUGUUUGAUUGGGGACCCACUGGAGAGGUGGUCGGCGGGUGAGCUUCUGGAGCAUGGAUUUGUAGUCGAGGCACCCAAUGAUCUUCUAAGUCCCACCACCGUGUUGGAUCGUCGUUUGUGGGAAGAGGAGGAAUUUGAAUCGGACCAGAUUUGGCAUCCGACCCGUGAGAGCAGUGGUUCGGUUUAUUCAGCUAAGGAGAGGAUCCGAAAGUUGGGUGAAGGCAUUGCGGCGUCGUCUCGACAAAUUCCCAAUUGGGCUUCGGAUGAAGAAAAUUGGGUCACAGUUAGAAGUGACAACUUCAACAAACAAGAUGUAGCACAACCACACACCAUUUUUCCGCUUCUCGCCGCCGGGCAGUCCAAACACGUGCCGCUGUGCCUCUUAUCGCCGCCAAAUGAGGCCAAUAUCUCGUCACAGUAUACCAAAAGUAUUUACGACAGGCCAACAAAUACGAAUCCGGAUACAAAUACGGAUCCUAGUAGUUGCUUGGGUUUGGGUUUGGAGGCUUGUGAUGCAGCUAGCUUUAGCAUUAGGCAUAGUAAGAGAAAGGCUUGGAUGGCCUUUAAUUGUAAAAGUUAUGUAUUUUAUUCAAAUCUUAAUUUUGUAAACAAAAAGUUAUGGUUGUUUGUGCAUGCUUCUUGUUUUACCUUUUCUCACCAUUUUUUAAUACAGCAAACAAGUCUAUUGCCUUUUGAGCUUGCCCAUCUUGGUGCAUAA